AUGGAAAGCUUAAAUCAAACCUCUGUGACCAGCUUUGUUCUUCUUGGUCUUUCUAACGUUCCACAUCUCCAAGCCAUAUACUUCUUGCUAUUUUUGAUGAUUUUUCUGAUGACAAUUUUAGGCAAUAUGCUUAUUAUUGCAGUAGUUAGUGUGACUCGACUAUGCAGCCCUAUGUAUUUCUUCUUGAGUAAUCUAUCCUUUAUUGACAUUUGUUUGUCUUCAACUAUAGUGCCUAGAAUUUUAGUGAACACUUUAUCCCAUGAUAAAAGCAUUUCUUUCUUCGGUUGUGCUGCCCAGGAGUACUUUCUGUCAGCUCUUGGAGCAACAGAGUGCAUGAUAUUGGCUAUAAUGGCUUAUGAUAGGUACAUGGCCAUCUGUCAUCCUUUACACUACAGCAACAUCAUGAAUGAGAAGUUCUGCAUGUGUCUGGCUUGUGGAGCCUGGACUGUGAGCUUCCUAAAUUCUAUUUUUCAUGCAUUCUUAACAUUCCAGCUCCCCUUUUGCAAGUCCAACCAUAUCAACCAUUUUUUCUGUGAUAUUCCUCCUUUAUUGAUCUUGUCUUGCAAGGACCCAUGGUUUAAUGAGAUAAUGAUUUACGUUGCAACUGGACUUAUAGCCCUCUCCUCUUUUCUUCUGACCCUCAUCUCCUACAUAAUGAUAAUCUCUUCUGUCCUGAGAAUGAGGUCCACAAGUGGGAAGCAGAAGACUUUUUCUACCUGUGCCUCACAUCUAAUGGUCGUCACACUCUUCUAUGCAAAUGUCUUUAUUUUUUAUAUGCAUUCCCGUUCUAGUUACUCACCAGAGAGGGACAGGGCUGUAUCUAUUUUUUAUACGGCAGUUACUCCCAUGCUAAAUCCUAUGAUUUACAGCUUGAGAAAUCAGAUUUUUCUAGGCAAUCUAAGGAAGUCUUUUACUAGGAAAACAACUAUUUCUUAA